AUGAAGCUAUUGAAAGCUGGAGUGAUUUAUCCAAUAUCAGAUAGUGCAUGGGUCAGCCCUGUACAUGUCGUGCCAAAGAAAGGAGGGAUCACAGUCAUCAAGAAUGAACAUGAUGAGCUCAUUCCAACAAGAACAAUCACUGGACACAGAAUGUGUGUCGACUACAGGAAGCUGAACUCCUCCACACGCAAGGACCACUACCCCUUGCCAUUCAUAGAUCAGAUGCUUGAGCGCCUUGCCAAUCAUCAAUACUACUGUUUCUUGGAUGGAUACUCAGGAUUUUUCCAAAUUCCAAUCCACCCAGAUGAUCAGGAGAAGACUACAUUCACUUGUCCCUAUGGCACAUAUGCUUAUAGGAGAAUGCCUUUUGGAUUGUGCAAUGCUCCAGCUACAUUCCAAAGGUGUAUGAUGUCCAUAUUCACAGAUCUAAUAGAAGAGAUUAUGGAGGUUUUCAUGGAUGAUUUCUCAGUAUAUGGUUCUUCCUUUGAAUCAUGUUUGGGAAAUCUUGGAAGAGUGCUACAGAGAUGUGAAGACAAGCACCUAGUUCUAAAUUGGGAGAAGUGCCACUUUAUGGUUAGAGAUGGAAUAGUGCUUGGACAUAGAAUCUCAGAGAGAGGCAUAGAAGUUGAUAAGGCCAAGAUUGAAGUAAUGACAAACCUUCAGCCGCCCAAGACAGUUAAAGAUAUCAGAAGCUUCCUAGGACAUGCUGGUUCUACAGGAGAGGAGUGUCACAAGGCUUUCACUAAGAUCAAAGAUGCAUUGGUCAGUGCGCCAGUGGUUCAACCUCCAAACUGGGAACUACCUUUUGAGAUAAUGUGUGAUGCAAGUGAUUAUGCAGUAGGAGCAGUGCUUGGACAAAGAAAAGACAAGAAGCUACAUGUGAUCUACUAUGCCAGCAGAACACUUGAUGAGGCACAAUGCAAGUAUGCCACAACAGAAAAGGAGCUUCUUGCUAUUGUCUUUGCAUUUGAGAAAUUUCGAUCAUACUUGGUGGGAUCAAAAGUUAUAGUUCACUCUGAUCAUGCAGCAUUAAGGUAUCUCUUAUCCAAGAAAGAUGCCAAGCCAAGAUUGUUGAGAUGGAUACUACUAUUGCAAGAAUUUGAUCUUGAGAUCAAGGAUAGAAGAGGAGCAGAUAAUGGAGUAGCUGAUCAUCUUUCAAGGAUGAGAGUUGAAGAAAAUCUACCCUUGAUGAUAGGCUACCUGAAGAAUCAGUUUAUGCAGCUGAAGCAGCAAUAA